UUCAUAUUCAUGUGUUGGGAUAAAAUUUUUUGAGUUUUAUUCUGCAAAUUUAUUUAAAAAAAAAUCUAUAUUAGAUAUAAUAGAUUUGUAAAUUUAUUGCAAACAAAAAUGUCUGACGUUCGUGAUAUUCUCGAAUUAAAUCGAGAAUCUGGUGAGAAGAAAAUUGUGAAAAAGAAACGUAUCCCCGAACAAUCUGUCAAGAAAUCCAACAUUAAAGGUAUGAACCGUGAGGUUUAUGCUUUGUUGUGUUCCGAAAACAAAGAUAGUGCAUCGCUCAUUCAAUCGGAUUUUGCUAUUGGAUCAAAAUUUGGAUUUCCACCUUUCGGCUACAAAAAGGUUAAAGCUAAUUUAAGUCUUCGUAAAGUGAUUAAAUGGAAUUGGGUACCGUUUACUAAUCCGGCGCGAAAAGAUGGCUUCCAAUUAUAUCAUUGGAGACGUGAAGCAGAUAAAAAUAAAGAAUAUCCAUUUGCCAAAAUGAAUGUUGUCAUCAACGUACCUUCAUAUACUGAUCAAGAAUAUCAAGAAUUAUUACAAAGCAAUGAAUGGAACAAAAACGAAACUGAUUAUUUAUUUAGCUUAUGUAAAAAAUAUGAUCUUCGUUUCAUUGUCAUUCAAGAUCGUUGGGAUACAUCACAGUAUAAAUAUCGAACAGUGGAAAAUAUCAAAGAUAGAUAUUAUUCUGUAUGUGACAUUUUGGCUAAACAACGUAACGAAUCUACCGUUGGUAAUAGUUUGAAUGUAAAACCACAAGGCUAUGUAUUCGAUGCUGAACAUGAACGAAAACGUAAAGAACAAUUAAAAAAACUAUACAAUCGUACGCCAGAAGAAUAUGAAGAAGAACAACAAUUGAUUGCCGAAUUACGUAAAAUCGAACAACGUAAAAAAGAACGUGAAAAGAUUACCCAGGAGAUUCAGAAAUUAAUUUCUACCGAUAGUACUUCUGAACUUCGUAGACAAGAACAACAGAAUCAAGCUCGACAAUCGAAUAUAUUAUCACGUUCUAGUAGAAAGAAAACCAAUUCUCAAUUAAAAGGUUCUCGAAUCAGCGAUGUUGGUGCAAAUUCAUUUAAUACGGUCAAUAUUGAAUCGGCCGGUAUUAAAUUUCCAGAUCCUAAAACCUGUGGCGUUUGGCUUCGUAGCUCUCGUAUGAAAUUACCAUCAUCGGUCGGCCAGAAACGUAUGAAAGCCAUAGAUCAAUUAUUGAAAGAACUUAAAGUUGAUCCACAUCCAAUGCCAACCGAAGAAAUUUGUCGAGAUUUUAACGAUCUUCGUUCUGAUAUGGUCUUACUAUAUGAAUUGAAAAUGGCUCUUACCAAUCUUGAUUUCGAUCUACAAUCAUUAAAACAUCAAUAUGAAUCGAAUAAUGUGCAGGUGACAAAUGAAAAAACCGCACAACAACUUGUGCCCACAACGCCGUUAAGUGCUGUCAGUUUACCAGAUAAUUUGACCACUACAUUCGGAUCAGCCACUAGCCACCAUCAUACUAAUCAAUCACCAACAAAAAUUGAUGAUAUUUCUAAAAAAAUAUCCGAAGUAAUCGAUGUGACCAAUUCAACACCACGUAAACGAAAAGCCGCUAUGGAACAAGGGAAUUUGAUGAGAAAAUUACGAAAGAAUUAAAAUUAUCUUUAUCAUUUUUUAUUUUUGUCAUGACUUUAUUCACAUUAUCCAUCCACCCAUAGUUUAUAAUUGAAUCAAUAAACAUUUAUUAAAGACAAAACAUUUAUAGUCUUGAUUUCUUUUGUUAGUAUCACUCUUUAAUUCGAUUAUAAGAAUUUAUCAUUCAAUAUGAACACUGUGAUUGCAGCAAUGGCGCCAAACAAAAAUGUCAUCAAAUAACC